UCCGGUUAGUAACCACGCCGCCUGCCACUGGCUCGUCACGCGCGUGCGCCGUGCGCUCCGCUCCCGGCGUGCAUUGCGCUGGUGCUGACGUCAGCCGCACUCUGCCCAGUCCCCGCCGCCAUUGGUGUGUGUGGAGCCUGUGAUUCCCGGGCCAGGCCUGAAGCCACACAGCCAGCGGGCAGCGGUCCCCGAGCCAGCGCCAAUCUCCCGCCUAGGCCCGGACUGACCCGGCGAGCCAGACACACCCGGAGCCAAGCGCCUGCCGAAAGACCGCCCGCAGCCCAUACCUGCCUCCCGGGCCCUGGCCUGCAGUGAGUCCCUCACCCCGUAACGUGUGGCUCUCCGGUUCCGCUCUUCAUGAAUGAUGUCUGCCACAAGCGUGGACCCGCAGAGACCAAAAGGACAAGACAGUAAAGUUUUUCCACUAGGGCGCUCAAACAAUGAUCUUAUUUCAGUUCAAAAUGGAUCCUUGCACCAGAAGGACAGCGUGCAUGAUAAUGACUUCGAGCAGUAUCUGUCUGGGCAGUCCAAUCAGAGCAACAGUUACCCAUCCAUGACAGACCCAUACCUUUCCAGCUAUUAUCCGCCAUCUAUUGGUUUCCCAUACUCCCUGAGCGAGGCGCCAUGGUCAACUGGUGGAGAUCCUCCUAUCCCGUAUCUUACUCCUUAUGGACAGCUCAGCAACGGAGAUCACCACUUCAUGCACGAUGCAGUGUUUGGCCAACCAGGAGGACUUGGGAAUAAUAUCUACCAACAUCGCUUCAAUUUCUUCCCAGAAAACCCAGCAUUCUCUGCCUGGGGCACCAGUGGCUCUCAGGGUCAGCAGACUCAGAAUUCUGCCUAUGGGGGCAGUUACAGCUACCCUCCAAGCUCUCUGGGAGGAACAAUUGUGGAUGGACAGACUGGGUUUCAUAAUGAGACUCUAAAUAAAGCACCAGGCAUGAACAGCAUUGAGCAGGGCAUGGUGGGGCUAAAGAUAGGCAACAAUGUUACUGCCUCUGCGGUAAAGACGGUGGGCUCUGUGGUCAACAGUGUAGGGAUGCCAAGUGCUUUGUCUGGCAAUGGUGGCACAAGUAUAAGCAUGCCACCCUCAAAACCAACCUCUUGGGCAGCCAUAGCCAGCAAACCCGCCAAACCACAGCCCAAGACAAAAACUAAGCCCGUGACCAUUAUCGGUGGUGCGCUCCCUCCACCUCCCAUUAAACAUAACAUGGAUAUUGGUACCUGGGACAAUAAAGGCCCUGUUACAAAACCCCCAAUGCCUCAGCAGAUUCCAUCUCCUCAGUCUAUCCCUCAACCGCAACCCCAACAGAUGCUGCAGCCCAUCCCAGCUCAACCUCCGCCGAUGUCCCAAGUUCCCUAUCAAAACCCACCACCACCACCACAGCAGCAGGCACCACAGAACCGCUGGGUGGCCCCUCGUAACAGGAACGCUGCUUAUGGGCAAGGUGGGGGAUCAGAAGGCAAUCCCUUGGGUGGGGCGCAGCCUCAUGCUGUUCCUGGUAGUGACUCCCAUCCAGUGUUGGAGAAGCUUAAAGCCUCUCACAGCUACAACCCCAAGGACUUUGACUGGAAUCUGAAAAAUGGUAGAGUGUUUAUCAUCAAGAGUUACUCAGAGGACGAUAUUCACCGUUCCAUCAAGUACUCUAUCUGGUGUAGCACAGAGCAUGGAAAUAAGCGUCUGGACAGCGCGUUCCGCUCCAUGAAUGGCAAAGGCCCGGUCUACUUGCUCUUCAGCGUUAAUGGCAGUGGACACUUUUGUGGCGUGGCUGAGAUGCGGUCACCCGUUGAUUAUGGCACCAGUGCUGGCGUCUGGUCACAGGACAAGUGGAAGGGCAAGUUUGAUGUCAAGUGGCUCUUUGUCAAGGACGUCCCCAACAAUCAGCUGAGGCAUAUCCGCCUGGAGAACAACGACAACAAACCGGUCACAAACUCGCGGGACACGCAGGAGGUUCCUUUAGAAAAAGCAAAAUUAGUGCUUAAAAUCAUUGCCACUUACAAGCACACGACCUCCAUCUUUGAUGACUUUUCUCAUUAUGAGAAGCGCCAGGAGGAGGAAGAGGUCGUGCGCAAGAAUGGCAGUGGCAUCAGAGAGAGGAACUGCUAGCAAAAGAGAGGGAGAAGACUUGUACAAAAGGAACGCCUGACUCGAAGCAAACCGUAAGGACACCGCUUCAUCUUUCUGACUAGAACUGAUCUUAAAAAGUAAAAAAUAAAAAAAAAAGUAACUUUGGCAAGUGAAAAAAAAAAAAAAGAACCUCAAGAAAUAGACAUUUUGUGGUGCAGCCUGUAGGCUUGGGACUGAAAUGAAUCUUUCAGUGUCUGUGUAUCUUCUAAUGCAGGCUACAACGUAACCGCCACCUUCCACUACUAAAUUUCAUUUUCUUUAUCUUUUGUUUUGGCCAGUCCGCUUGUAUUUCCUGUAUCAUUAUACACCUGUAGUUUAUAAGUGUACUCUGCUCCAUAUGUAACAUCUGCUCUCUAUAUGCCCUGAAGAAAAAAAAGAAAAUAAGAAAGUACUACUUUAUUUCAGACUGACCCAGUAAGGUGACAAGCUCCAAAGAUUAUUGUGUUCAUGGGACAGAAUUUUUAUUUUUACCACUUAAGGGUAAAUUGCCCAUCACAAUGAUCAGUGUGACAAUCUGUGAAGUUGAACACAAAUUGUGCUGUGUUCCCAGGUACCUCCAAAAUCCUAUGAUCAAUGUCAUUUAAAUCAUAUCUGCUUCGGAGUGUCUGUUCACAUGCCAGUUUUAUGUUGUGUUUCGGAGGUAACCCCAACCCACAUUUUAAUUCACUGCAUAACUAUUUUUUAAUUUAGAAUAAUGGGCCCUAUACAUAUAAAGAUCUGCCGCCGAGCUGCUCGACGACGGAUACGGCCGACGGGCGACCCGGCGUCGGGGGGGGCAGUGACGGGGGGAGUGAAGUUUCUUCACUCCCCCCGUCACCCGGCUCCAUUGAAGUGCAGGCAAAUAUGGACGAGAUCGUCCAUAUUGGCCUGCAUGCACAGCCGACGGGGAACCAGCGAUGAACGAGUGCGGGGCCGCCCAUCGUUCAUCGCUGGUGACUCCACACUGAAAGAUAUGAACGUUAUCUCGUUCAAUAAUGAACGAGAUCGUUCAUAUCUUUGAGUAAUAUCGGCCAGUGUGUAGGGCCUAUUAGAGUAGACAAAAUCUAUCACUCAGUUUCUUUAAAAUAACAGUCCAACUUGUAGGAUGUGCAGAGUGCUGUAACGUGAGCUGGGAACGUGCAUGGCAGAGGCUUUGGCAGUAAAUUGCCGUAGCCUUGAGGGGAAGGUAAGUUCAUCAUAGUAUGGAUGGGAUUCUGUCAUGGCACCUCUGGCCAGGGUAAAUGAUCUACAGUCACCUCCACUCAGGGGGGCAGACAGUAUUCAACUUACGGAGUCACACCUCAGUACUGGCAGACUGCACUCCACUGUGUAUAACACAAGGUUCUCAAACCCUCUUCCUGCCAUAAUUAUGACAAUGCACUGCAGGCUUUGCUGUUUGAGUAGACAUAAUUAACCAAUAAACACUUCUCAAUAGUGGCUUUUAAUAAUAAAAAUAUUGCAAUGUAUUAAAGGUUGUUUCCACCUUCAAAAUUAAUUUUAGUUACAUACAUGUGCUCAUUUAAUUUUAUUAAAUGUAUUUUUUUCUUGCUUUCAAGCUCCUGUGUUUUUCAGUCUUUUGUUUAUAUCAUGAGGUUGAGCACAUUAUUAUUGUCCUGGGAUAAGAGCCGUGUUUUCUGCAAUGAAUACAGUCUUCACCAGCGAUCAGCUGUGGGGCAUAUUUCGGGACAGCUUGCUUUAUUUGCCUGCUGAUAUAAAAACAUGGCUGGAAAAGUCAGAAGAAAGCAACAUGUUUAGUAAAAGUUAUAGGAAUUACAGGGGUAUGCUAAUAAAUGGAAGGCAUCUGGAGGUGGAAAUCUCCUUUACACAUUGCAUUUUCCAUUAUUUAUCAUGCUUACAAAUCUGAAUUUGUUUUACCCUAGUGUAUUUGUAGCCUGCACCUUUGUAUGUAUCAACUGUGUUAAUUACAUGUUAGAAUUGUGUCCUAUGACACGGAGUGAUAUCUUGAACUGGCCCAUACUUUUGCUUCUUCUAUUUUUGGAGAAUCACCAUAUUUAUUUUGUGUAGUUUUAACAUAUACCAGCCAUCUGCUCCUCUUGUCUUUUCUUCAUAUCAUAGCUUCAUGAGAGCCCACGAUGUUUGCAUGUUACUCCUGUAAAGACCAGUGUGUUGGUUAUUGAUCAAGAUAUCUCUAGAUUAUAACCAAUUCCACCCCCCUUUUCCCCUCUGAAGCCUUUCCAGGGGUCUAUACUAACACCAUGAUGUUCUAAGUCCAACUUUCUUUUUUCCUGCUAUUAAAUCAUGGAGAAAAAAAAUCUUCAGUUUUUGUCUGUGUAUAAAAGUAGCAGUUCCACUGUGUGAAUGAGGCAACUCCUAAUUGGACUUUCUGUAACUUUCUCACCACCAGAGGGAGCUGUGAACGUUGGCCUUUCACCUAACUUGACAGCGGCUGAUAUUUAUCAGCUAUUAGGUAGUUCAAAGAGCUACUAAUAAAAACAUAUAUAGCAGCUGUUAUGUCGCAUCAGGUCACACUAUAUUUAUUAGCAGAUGUCUAUGACUGUCCAGUUCUUUUACUGUAUGUAAUGUCUCAUUAUAUAUGAGCAUACAUACAUGUCAUAGUUUUGUGGUUUGGCUUAUUCGGUUUUUCACAUAUUCUUCAUAUCUCCCUGCAUUUAUACCUCUCCGAGGCUGCCCACCUACGUCAGCAGUGGAGGCUUUUAGGAUGUCCUUACAUCAUCCCUGAUGAAUCUCUGACGACAUACUGAACCUUAAAUUGGGCAUAUACUAUACAAUUAUCUGGCAGAUAAUCUGUGGUUGGAAUGAAAACCUGGCAAUGGAUGAGAGCAACUGACAAUCGACCAUUUGCUACCAAACAGUGGAACAUGGACAAAAACUGUGGUUUAUACAUAUUGGUAAAUCACGGACAGGUUUUGUCCAUUUUCCACUGUUUGGUAGCAGAUUAUCAAUUGCUCUCAUCCAUUACCAGAUUUUCAUACCAACCACAGAUUAUCUGACAGAUAAUUGUAUAGUGUAUGCCUGGUUUUAGGCUACAUACACACUGGCAUUACAGUUCUGGAGUUAAUUAAGUGCAUAUAAAUGGGUUGGAAAGUAGAAAUCCUGUUACUAAAUGAGACCAUUUAUAUUUAGGUGCUUUCAAGUUUUCCUUUAACAGUUAAAACAUAUCCUUAUCUCUGGGGGGUGCAUUGUAAGCAUAACGAGAUGUGGUUAUCUUUCCACAUGUGUAUGGUAACGCAUCAUAACAACUUCCCAUUCUUACCUGAUGCAUGUUAAAGAAAAAGUCCUUGUAUGUGUGUGUCUGUUUUUACUUUAUUAUUUCAAUGUGCGAUGAAUACCCAUUACAAAUGCCGAUGUGUGUGUAGCCCUACUCACUGCUCCAGUUUCUGUAAGUUCUGUUUUGUAUAUAAGGAAUCCUGUAUUGCAGAGGGUUUAUAUCUUUAUAAAGCUAGUUUCAAUCUGCUCCGUAUUCUGAAUGUGUGUGUUUACAAAACUUGCAUUUAGGUGCAGUACAUUAUCAUGGCCUCUGGGUGAUGGUGUUUGAGAGAAUAGAAAUUCCACAACAACUUAUUGUCCAUGGGCUGCUUAGACCUGAUACAGACGGUGACUGUAAUACAGUACACAUUUGCAGGGAGAUUUUAAAUAAUCUUUUAAUAGGAAAAAUCUGCUCUUUCACAAUCCCUCCCCCCCCCCAAUCUUUAGGAAUUGUUUGUAAUUAUGCGGUUCUGUCCCUUUCAUCGGAUAUUAGUCUGUCCCUACCGUGGUAAUCAAUACUUUACAGCUAAUAAUUCAGUGACAUCAAUGAGAACAAUGUAACGUGGCUUGUGUCAAAGAUUAAUAUGAAUGUAUGGUGGCAGGAACUGCUUCUUUUUUUUUGCCAUGAUAGACACUUGUUACAACUAUGUCCUGCUCUAACUAUAAUGACUCAUUUAACCCUUUGUCUGGUGAACAUUGCAUAUCAUUUUUUUUCUUCCCUAUUCUUUCCAUUCACCACAUUGGGGACCUAUUAUGUGUCCUAGAGGUGUUUGAAUUCUAGUCCCUGCAUGCAUUGAGGAGCCCCAUGGGACAGCAGACUGUGCUCCCAGCUCCCCUCUUUCUGGUCAGUCUAGGGGCUGAGUUUGAUUCUGAAUGUAUCCAAUACGCAUUUUUUUUCCUUGCAUAUUCUCAUUAUGCGUCUCCAGACGGCCCCACGCACUGGCCACUCUGCUCUGCUUGUCUAGACUAAUAAAAAUUCAAUAAUGUCA